AUGAGUUUAAAACCUUUCACCUACCCUUUUCCUGAGACAAGGUUUCUUCAUGCUGGACCCAAUGUGUAUAAAUUCAAAAUUAGAUAUGGCAACAACAUCAGAGAGGAAGAGGUAGAAAAUAAGGAAGUCAUCAUCCAGGAGCUGGAGGCCCUGGCAGAGAGGAAAGCAGCAGGAGCCACGAUGAGGAAACGAAAACGCACGGAAGUGCCCAGCUCUCCCAGCAGGCCAGGACUGGACAGGGCCAAGAUGGGGACUUCCAACCAAGGGCUCAGCAAAAAGAAGCCCCUUAUGGAAACUAGGAGGAACAAGGCAAGAAAAACCCAGCAGGAAUGGCAGGAAACCCCAGCAUUUGCUAUCACUGAUGCCCAGGACCAGGAUUCUAAGUGGGGAGACAGCCCAGCAGAGAAGACUGUCCCACCAUUGCAGCAAAACAAUCCACCUCUACCUGAAGGACCCGGAGAUCUGCAAACCAGUGGCUUCUUUGGGUUUCUAAGCUCUCUCUUUCCGUUUCGGUAUUUCUUCAGAAAGAGCACCCAGUGAGACUUCUGAGUGCAGCGGCAGGAAGGGCACUGUCUCUUGCAGUGACUCCCCCAGUCCACCCUCUGCUUAUGACAUUCCAGCCACGGGGUCUGAGAGCCCCAACUCCCUGAGUCCUCCCGCGGGUUCGUCCAGUC